AUCUCACUUCUUUCUCCAAGUUAUGACUAUAAAAACCCCAUCAAAGCCUUCUCUGAAAAUCACUUCUUCACUUGAAAAGCAUUUCUCUUUCAUUACAAAAGAUAUAGAUAUCUUUCUUUUUAUACAAACACAUUUAAAUUUUCAAUGGCUCCUUCAAGAGUUUCAUUACUAUUAUUGCUUGCAUAUUUUAGCUCUUUGAUAUUGGUUGCAUUGGGUGGUAACUUCUACCAAGAUUUUGACAUUACUUGGGGAGAUGGCCGCGCUAAGAUACUCAACAAUGGCCAGCUUCUUACACUGAACCUUGACAAAGCCUCCGGUUCUGGAUUUCAAUCAAGGAAUGAGUAUUUGUUUGGAAAGAUUGACAUGCAACUCAAGCUUGUUCCUGGCAAUUCUGCAGGCACGGUCACUGCCUAUUAUCUAUCCUCAAAAGGGUCUACUUGGGAUGAGAUAGACUUUGAGUUCUUGGGAAAUUUGAGUGGAGAUCCUUACAUUCUUCACACCAAUGUGUUUAGCCAAGGCAAAGGAAACAGAGAGCAACAAUUCCAACUUCUUGAUUCCACACCUAUUCCAUCUCUUUGGACCCCACUGUUCAGCUUCUCCCUUAUGGACCCGAUUAGAGCCUUGGAAUCCGCAGGAGUUCCAUUUCCAAAAAGUCAACCAAUGAGAAUCUACUCAAGUCUGUGGAAUGCAGAUGAUUGGGCUACAAGAGGUGGUCUUGUGAAGACAGAUUGGAGUCAAGCUCCCUUCACUGCUUCUUACAGGAACUUCAAUGCCAAUGCUUGUGUAUGGUCUAAUGGAGCAUCUUCUUGCGGCACAAAUUCUGCAUCUAACACAACUUCUUGGCUUUCGGACGAGCUUGAUUCAACAAGUCAAGAGAGGCUCAAAUGGGUGCAAAAGAAUUACAUGAUCUAUAAUUAUUGCACGGAUGUUAAGAGAUUUCCACAAGGAAUCCCUACAGAGUGCAAACUGUCAUAAUUCAAAACCCAGAUAAUGCAUACACAGUAUAUAUAUCCAUGAGUGUGUUCCAUUAUUUUAUUGUUUUUGUUAUUUGCCAUAGAUAGAUGUCCAUUAUUUGUUUGUAUUUUUUUUCAUCAAUAAAUACGUUUUUGGCAUGCAUAUUAUAUAAUUUCAAAAGGGCAUGUCGGAACAUGGUGGAGCAUAUUACAAAUAUAAAGUAUUCAGACGUCUACACAUUAUUAUUGGGUAAAUGGUUUCGGCUUACGAUUAUUUAGACUCAAUAAUAAAUUGACAUCUGUAAUUUUCAAUUAAA